AUGGAAAAAGCCCCUCUUAUUUGUUAUUUACUUGUUAAAGAAAUUAUUGUUCGAAUGAAAGAUUUAUGUUUUUCUUGUGCUGCAAGUAAUUAUCGUAAUCAACAAUUAUUACGUAAUAUGCUUGUUUAUGAAGUUAUUUUGCAAUUUCUUUGUAUCCCUUUUGAUCGGAAAAAUGACAAUGAAAUGCCAAAACUUUUAACUUUAAGUCAUGAAUUUUUGAGAUCUUUUUGUAAACAUAAUAAAGAAAAUCAAUCAAGACUUUAUAUCCAUAUUGCUCCAAUUGAAGGUGGAGGAGGAGGAAGUAGUGGUGGAGGAGGGGGAGGGAAUACAGAACAACAACAACAAAGACAUGAAGGAGGGAAACUUUCCGUUGAAACGGUUCAAGACUGUGCUACAAUAGUUUCGAUAUUCAGAGGAAAUUCAGAAUUAUGUGAACAUGUUUCUGAACAUUUUAUUGGGCAUAUUGUUAAUUUAAUAGAAAAUAAACAAAGAAAUUCUAUAUUUCUUGAAUUAUUACAAGUAAUUGUUUCUUCUUGUGAAAAAGGAUUAGAUUUGUGUCAAAAUAAAGUUGUUGAUGAAAUUGGUAAAGCAGCAGAAGAUGUUCGACAUUUUUAUGUCGAUAGUGUUUCUUUUGAACAAUUAAUUGAAAUGAUGAAAAAAUCGAAUAUAUCAGAUUUGGAUUCUUCUCAUCCUUUACGUUAUCAUAUAGAAUUGGUUAGAUUAAUGGCUAUGUGUACAAAAGGAAAAAAUGCGGUAACAGAAUUAAAAUGUGCUUCACUUCUUCCAAUGGACCAUAUUGUCAGAGUUUUAACUUCAAAUUGUUGUAUUUUGGAAGUAAAAACUGUUUAUUUACAAUUUCUUCUUACGUGUUAUAUUGAAACUGAUUUAGAAUUAAAAGAUGCAAAUAAUUCAGAAUAUUUAGAAUUAAUUUUAAACGAAAUAAUAUCAGAUAUAGACAAAUUAAUAAUUAAAUUACAAUCAAUUGGAGGAGAAUAUUUAAAUAAUAAAUUACCUAAAGAGAUUUUAUUUUUGGAAAGAUUUGUUUGUCAAAUAAUUACAGAAGUUUUAAUUAAAUUUUUUGAAAAAACAAAUUAUGCACAAAGAGCAUUUAUUGAUAUUAAACAUCAUCGAAAAUUAUUUAUUACAAUUUUACAAAAACUAAAUAAAUUACAAAAUUGUGUUUUUAUUGCUGCUGGUAGACGUCCACAUAAUAAUUGGUAUAAAAUUGCUGAUUGUUCUGAAAGACUAGCUAAAUUUGCAAAAAGUCGUUUCAUUAUUUUACCUGAAAAUUCUCUUUCCGUUCCUUACUCUAACGGUAAUGAAAAUAAUAAUAUUACUUCAACAUCAACAUUACGAACAAUUACUGCUAGACAACGUUGGCAAAGUGCUAUAUUCUCUGCUCGUUAUUUUAGAAGAAAUAAACAUUCAAAAUCUUUACAUUCUCAUUUAACUUCUUUAACUGCUGGAGAUGAACCAACAACAGUUGUAGCUUUAUAUCCUCGUUUAAUUAAUGAAUUAAAUAAUUAUCUCUCUCCUUUACAAAAUGCAGAAAAUGCUGCUUUAGUUGAAAUUUUAAGAUUACCUGAAAAAUUGUGUUCUUCUUUCUCGAAUACUUCUUCCAAUAAAUUUGAACCUUCUUGUCAUGGAAAAUUUGUAAAAUCAAUGUUAAUUAGGCAUUGUAAAUUACUUUUAGAAUCAAAAAGAAAUGAAUUAUGUGGACGUGUACUUGUUACUUUAUAUAAAUUAGUUUCGAAUUUAAAACAAGAAUUUAAUGAAAAUGUAAAAGAAAUGCUUGGAGAAUUACUUUGCCGUUAUUUUGGUGAGGGGUCUGUACAAGGAUUAACAACAACAUUUAAUAAAUCUUCAAACUUUUCUAUAAAUAAUUUAAAAGAGAAUAUAAAUAAAGUUGAUUGUAUUUUCGAUGCAGAACUUAAUCCAAAACAAGAGAAAACCCUUUACAAUAUGCAAUGUGAUUUAAUGGAUGCUGGAGCUGUUGAUUUAAUUAUAGAUUUAAUUGUUAUGGAACCCCCAUAUGAUAUAUUUAAAAAGAGUAUUCAAUUGGCUAAAGCUUUGUUAUUUGGUGGAAAUGAUAAAGUUCAAAUGGCAUUUUAUCAAAGAUUACAAGACGAUCAAAAAUUAGCCUCUCGCUUCUUUAAUGCUUUAAAAUUAAAAAUGCAAGCAGCACAAAAUCGAAUUAAAGCUGACAUUUUAAGUGGAACAUCUAAUGCUGGAAGGGCAACAACUACUGCUAUUACUCCAAAUCCACAAAAUGGAGUUAAUUGGUUAAGCAGUAUUGGGGGAGAGACAAAAAAACAUUCAGAUCUUUCAGCAAAGAAUAGUCUAAAUUUAAAUAUUCCAUUUAAUGAACAACAAUGUAAAAAAAAGAAAAGACUUGAAAAAUAA